AUGCGAGAAAUCGUCCACAUUCAAGUUGGCCAAUGUGGCAAUCAGAUGGGUGCAAAAGUGAGCGGAGACUUUGUGGAAUUUAUGGAUUUAUCUUCUAGUUUUGGGAGGUCGUUUCUGACGAACACGGCAUCAGCCCCGAAGGCCUUUACAAGGGUGACAGCGACCUUCAGCUUGAGAGAAUCAGUGUAUACUAUAAUGAAGCCACGGAUUCAAUCUGCGGUGGCAAAAUCUCAUUGCUUCUCGACUUUCGUUUCAGGCGGGAAGUUUGUUCCGCGAGCAGUCCUCACCGACUUGGAGCCUGGCACAAUGGACGCGGUACGUUCGGGCCCGGUGGGCAACCUUUUCCGUCCCGACAAUUUUGUGUUUGGAGCAACUGGCGCGGGAAACAACUGGGCCAAAGGCCACUACACGGAUGGAGCUGAGUUGAUCGACAGCGUCACGGAAGUGGUCCGCAAGGAGGCCGAAUACAGCGAAUGCCUUCAGGGUUUCCAGAUCACCCAUGCUCUGGGUGGCGGCACUGGCGCCGGUAUGGGAACACUCUUGAUCAGCAAAAUUCGUGAAGAAUUCCCUGAUCGAAUAAUCUGCAGCUUUUCCACCGUGCCCUCACCCAAGGUAGGCCAAAAUUGUUGUUUUUAA